UUCAUUCAAGGGCUAUUGUCCGCUUGGAAAAGGAAAGCUUUUGGGGGAGAAGGAAGUAAUUCGUGUUGCUAAGAGUUGUUCACGCACACCAGCUCAAGUUUUGAUCCGGUGGUCUAUCCAGAAUGGUGUUUGUCACUAUACCAAAAUCAACUCAAGUGGAAAGAGUGAAAGAAAAUAGUCAAGUUUUCGACUUUCAGUUAUCAGAAGAUGAAAUGAAUGUGCUGAAUAAUUUGCAUGAUGGUCGAAGAAUUGUUGAUGCAUCAAGUAUUCAAGAAAAAAUUGACAGUGCAUUACCUGAUGGUUAUAAAUUGAACUUACCCAACUAUGAAAUUGAUAAGUUAAACUAUCGUAAUCAUCGUUAAUCUAAAUGGUGUGUCUAUAUCUGAUUUUUUGGGGAAAACUCUCUGUAGUAGUUUAGAUUUACAGAGAGCUUGUGUUUUUAUUUAAAGCCAUUGAAAGAAGUUAUUAUAUUUAAUUAACUGCCUAGAGAAGGGGAAAAUAUUUCUUUUAAAUAAGUCAGUUUUAUAAUAGCUAGUUAGAUUUCUUUCCCCAUUGUUGUACAGUUGUAGCAUUUCUAAAUCAUUCUGUAAAAAGCAAACAUCAGUAGUUUUAUUGAUUUUCAAAGUCUGAGCUGCAAUCAUUAUUUUUGUUGCUGUAUAUUUUUUUAAUGUGGUUAUGUAUCCUAUUUUAAAUAUUAUUUAAUCUCUCAAAAUUUGAAAUUUUGUUACUACAAAUGUAGGGUUAUGUAAGAUGCAUAUUUUGUAAAAAAGAGAUAAAAUGGUAACUAAGUAAAAAUUCUUUUGGAACCAUUUUUGACCUAAAGCAAGUGUUUAAUGCAAAAUUGGUCAUAACACAAAGCAGUAUUAUUAGUGUAUUAACUGUUGUAAGUAAGUGUAAAGUUGGCAGUCUUUAUUGAUAUUAUGCAAAAACCUAGCAAUUAACUCAGAGUUCUUCCAUUAUUGUAAUAUAAAUACAAUUUUUUUAAAAAACUCAUUGCACCAGCAAAUUCACUCAUCACGAACAAUUUUGGUGAUUAAGAUUAAACAGAUUAAGCUCUUUUUUAAUAGUAAGAAAUGCAUACAAGAUCUUCAAAACUGCCUUAUUCUCUACAUAAGGUAUAAUAUUUCUCUUCUCAUAAUUUCUGUGUAUGAUAAAAUAAAUCUUUUUUUUUUUUUUUUUUUUUUUUUUUUUUUUUUUUUUUGUUGUUGUUGUUGUUUAAAUGGUGUGUAACAACAGCUAGAUUUUUUAUGUUAUCUGAAUAAAUAACUAUGCCAAAAAAGGAAUGCUGUUGUGCAAAUGACAGCUUGUCAAAAUGAUGUAUUACUAAUAUCUACAAACUUAUUCUAAAAGAGCUUCUAAAGCUAGAAACUACUACUAAAAGAAAACACUUUUAGUGUAUGUAAUAUAUAUUUGUAAAUAUUAUUUAGUGCAUUAUUUCAAAUUAGGUAUUUUCAUUUUAUAGCAUGUUUGAAAUUAUAUAAGUGAGUAUUGGGUUAAUGCACAUGCACUGUGAGAGUACUGUGGGGAAAGAAAAAGUUUUAUUCUAUUUAAACAUGAAGUAUUUUGUAGAUAUGUGGAAAUUUUGUCAUCUGAUUAGCAAUAAAAGUGAUUAAGGUAUGUGUUAA